GGCUGCUCCUGCUGCUGCUGCUCCAGCCUCAUGGCUUUCAACUUCGGGGCUGCCGCUGCUGCCGGGGCUGCAGCCGCCCCGAACCCCGCGGGAUUUGGUGGGCUUGAAACAGCAAACUCCACUGCCACUGGGUUUAAUUUUGGGGGUUUCGGAUUAACUGCUAAUCCUGCAGUGAAUUUUAAUAUUGGGAAUUUUGGUGUGUCUACUACCUCGACGCCACCAUUCAAUUUUGGUAACAGUCUGGCCAGCGCAGGGGCCUUUGGAGGGUUUGGGACGACAAACACCACAGCUGGAUCUACGUUUAGCUUCUCAGCUCCUACCAACACAGGUACCACUGGGAUAUUUGGUGCUACCCAAAACAAAGGUUUUGGAUUUGGUACUGGCUUUGGGACAGCAACUGGAACUGGUACUGGCCUUGGCACAGGUUUGGGGACAGGUUUGGGAUUUGGUGGUUUCAGCACCCAGCAGCAGCAACCAACCCUUGGAGGCCUCUUCAGUCAACCUGUUCAGGCUCCUACCCAAUCCAACCAGCUAAUAAACACAGCAAGUGCCCUUUCUGCACCCACACUCUUGGGAGAUGAGCGAGAUGCUAUUUUGGCCAAAUGGAACCAGCUGCAGGCAUUUUGGGGAACAGGCAAAGGAUAUUUCAACAGUAACAUUGCCCCAGUGGAGUUCACACAGGAAAAUCCAUUCUGCAGAUUUAAGGCUGUGGGCUACAGCUGUAUGCCAAACAACAAGGAUGAAGACGGCUUGGUAGCACUGGUUUUCAACAAAAAGGAAGCAGAGAUUCGAAGUCAGCAGCAGCAGCUUGUGGAAUCAUUGCACAAACUCUUAGGUUCAAACCAGACUCUCACUGUAAAUGUUGAAGGUGUAAAAACAAUGCCAGAUGAUCUGACUGAAGUAAUCAUCUAUGUGGUUGAGAGGUCGCCAAAUGGGACUUCAAGGCGAGUUCCAGCCACCACCCUUUAUGCACACUUUGAGCAAGCGAACAUAAAAAGUCAGCUGCAGCAGCAGCUUGGAGUUACCCUAACCAUGGCUAGAACAGAACUCUCACCCACACAGGUCAAGCAGUUCCUACAACAUCCUCCUGCAGGCGUUGAUCCUAUCAUUUGGGAACAGGCCAAAGUGGAUAAUCCAGACCCUGAAAAACUGAUUCCAGUGCCAAUGGUUGGCUUCAAAGAACUCUUGAGGAGACUGAAGGUCCAAGACCAAAUGACAAAGCAGCAUCAGACUAGAUUAGAUAUAAUAUCAGAAGACAUAAGUGAGCUUCAAAAAAAUCAGACUACCACAAUGGCCAAAAUAGCUCAAUACAAAAGGAAACUUAUGGACCUUUCUCACAGAGCAUUGCAGGUUUUAAUCAAGCAAGAGAUUCAGAGGAAAAGCGGCUAUGCCAUCCAAGCUGAUGAAGAACAGCUUCGCGUACAGUUGGAUACAAUUCAGUGUGAACUCAAUGCGCCUACGCAGUUCAAGGGUCGUCUGAAUGAGCUGAUGUCUCAGAUUAGGAUGCAGAAUCACUUUGGAGCUGUGAGAUCGGAAGAGAGGUACUACAUUGAUGCUGACCUCUUGCGUGAAAUCAAGCAGCAUUUGAAGCAGCAACAAGAAGGUUUGAGUCACCUGAUCAGCAUUAUAAAAGAUGACCUGGAAGAUAUAAAGCUGAUAGAGCAUGGAUUAAAUGAAAGCAUCCCUAUCAGAGGAGGUGUCUUCAGCUGAUGGAUCCCUUCUUUUCUACAGAAGCCAGUAGAUGAUGUUGCUUUCUGUCCAUGACCAAAAGUCUCUAGGUGGUUUAAAAAAAAAAACCCAAUAAACUUUAGUGUGGGAUCUGAGAGAGCUCCAGUGCUAUCAGAAUACUUGUCCUGUUUUUCAGCUUCAAGCUUCAUGAGGUUUUGGUUUUGAAAGUUGUGCUUGGUUUCAAGGACUUUAAAUUCCUUCGAAGGUUGCCUGUGAUCGAAACCUGCAUUUUCUACAAUAUCAAGUUUAUGUUUUUUAAAAAUAUGUUAAUAGAGGUAGGAAAUACAUUUUUUUUUCUCCAGCAGAAAACACUAGUCAAAAUAACUUCUGGUUUUUGUGCUCACUAACCACUGUCCAGUCUGUCUAGACAAACUGCAUAUAAAUAAAGCCUUUGAACCUGGUGGUUUAUAGAGAAACAACUGGGUGUCCAAUUGCUUCUUUGGGGCAGAUUGUGCAAAGGAAGUAUUGGUGAACUUUUUAUUAUCAGAACCAGCCUUUAUUUUUCUAUCAUUUUAUAUCAUUGUGCUUUAUCAGAAUUUGCAACAUCACUAUUCCAAGAAGUAAUAAAAUCAAAUCUUUAUUUCCAG